UCAUUUUUUCAGUAGUGUGGUUUCCCUGUAGCAUCUCUUGUCACUUUAUUUCCUUAUGUAUAAAUGCGUGCACGCACGCACAUAGGACGGAAGAGCCCCCACCCACAGACUUCCUGUUGCAGACUGCCUGCAAAAAUCUUCCCUAUAUCUUCUUGCCCAGUCAUUUUUUCCCCUGUUAGAAGACAGUCAUCUGCCACCUGUGCUGACAAAAACGGGGACAACAUAAUAUCUGGCUCUCCCAUCGACAAGCAUGGGAAGCCAGGAACAGUUGCUGUGGGUAACUGCCCUUGCCCUGUUCUUCCAAGGCAUCAGCAUAAGUGGAAAUGCCGCAUCUGGAAAAGAAAUCACCGUAGAGCAGAAAGGAAAAAAUCUGCUCCUGGUAUGUAAAGAUGGCGACAAUGGGACGCUCUGGCUAAAAGACAAUAUGGCUCUCACCUACAAAGGCAAGGAGUUGGUUUUGGCUGUGAUGGACGACCCCAGAGGCAUCUAUGCGUGUAGCAACAGCAGUGAAAGCAGAGCCCUGCAAGUUUUCAUCCGGAUGUGCCAGAACUGCAUCCAUCUGGACUUCGCCACGAUUCUGGGGAUUUCAGCAGCCAGCCUCAUCACCACAAUCUUCCUGGCUAUCGCUGUGUACCACAUAGCCGUGGAAGAGCAUGGCCAGCCCGCCCAAGCUUCUGAUAAGCAGUGCCUGUUGGCCAAUGACCAGCUGUACCAGCCUCUCCAGGGGCGCAACGACAGGCCCUACAGCCACAUUGGCAUUGCCAAGCCUCGCCGCCGAUGAAACCCUUCUCCAGCGCAUUCGAGUUCCCCUUCCUGUGCUCAGUCCCCGAGGGACGUCCAUUGCGUCAGCUGAGGUGGGGAAUUGGGGGGCCCCCUGCCUGUGUCUGCUUUCCAGGGCCCGGGAGAGCCGCCGAGGCCUGCCAGAGCUGCCAGAGCUGCCGGAUUCCAUUUUCUCUUUGUUGGACUGAAAGGUGUCGGCUUUUGGGGGAGGAUGAAUGCAUUCAGGGUGCAAUGCUGGGGAUGUGGUGGCCAAUCAGAAUCAUUAAGAAUCUCUUCUCUGGGCCACACAAGUGGGCCGGUUCAUUUUCCAUUCUCCCCGUUGCAGCUGAAAGUGGGUCCCUGCUGUUGCUCCCCUCUGCGUCCUGCCUCCCCCCCAAUAAAAGACCUUGCUUACAA